UGGAAGACCACAAAAGGUGUUCUAUAGGCUUCCAGAAAGAGCUUGACGUUGUUCCGUAUUUCACUGUCACAGGUCAUGGUCAAAAUUGGCUGAAGCGAUCAGCGACGGAGUAUUAAUAUUUCCACAAGCUGAGUACCAGUUCAAAAUGGCCUGAUCCUCUUGGAUUGGAUUUUUUGCCAUACACAGGAGUUUUCCAAACCCACACUAUGGCUGCUAGACUCUAUGUAACUGACUCGGGCAGAUACUUCCAUGCCGGUGCCAUUGCUAUCAUUACUGUUGGCUUACCAGCACGCGGUAAAACUCAUGUCUCGCGCUCCCUUUGUCGCUAUCUCCGAUGGUUAGGUGUCCCAACCAAGGUGUUUAGUGUCGGCAAUUACCGGCGGCAGCGGUUAGGCACCAUGCCGAAUGACUUUUUUUCACCAGCCAAUGAGGACACCAAGGAACAAAGAUUGCUGAUCGCUGAAGCAUGUUUGAAGGAUAUGAUCGAAUGGCUGGAAAGGGGCGGCCAAGUAGGGAUUUAUGAUGCCAGUAACACGACAGAUGAAAGACGCGCUUGGAUCCAGCGUAAACUCAAGGAACACGAUAUUCAGACCCUAUUCAUCGAAUCCAUUUGCAAUAAGCAGGAAAUCAUAGACAGCAAUAUACGGAGUGUAAAAAUAUCAUCGCCCGAUUAUGUCGGUUGGGACCCCGAAGCUGCUGUCCGCGACUUCAAGAACCGCAUUGAAAACCAUUUGCCGUACUACAAGACCAUUCGUGACCCGGAGUUGCCGUUUGUGAAACUGAUGAACGUUGGCGAACAAUUGAUUGUAAACAAUGUCAAAGGAUACUUACAGUCGCGCAUUGUUUAUUACCUGAUGCAUCUUCACAUCCAACCUAGAAUCAUUUACUUUGCCAGGAUCCCUGAGUCCUUGAAUGAGGGUUCAUACAAAGCAGAUGCAGAUCUAUCUUCUGUGGGACAUAAACAAGCCGAAGCUUUAAAAAAUUUCUUAAUCAAUUACCGCCAACAGCAGCUUGAUAUGGGCAUUGAGGAGAAACUUCGUCCUUUAACAGUUUGGGGAUCUACGCGGAAGCAUGCUUCACAGGCAGUGCGGCAUUUUGCCGAGGAUGACAUUCUUGUGAGGGCGCUGCCACUUUUGACUGAGAGAAAUCCUGGUGAAUGCGAUGGCUUGACCCCUCAGCAGAUCAAGGCCAAGUUUCCAGAAGAAUACACCAAGUCGCAACAAGACCCAUACAAUCACCGCUACCCGCGGGCCGAGUCAUACCAUGAUCUUGCUGUGAGAUUGGAGGCAUGCAUUAUGGAAUUGGAAAGAGAGAAAAAUGAUGUUUUGAUCAUCGGCCAUGAUUCAGUCCUGAGGUGCUUGUAUGCCUAUUUGUUUGAUCGACCGGAUGACGAGAUUCCUUCUAUCCAUAUUCCACGCAAUUAUCUCAUUCAGAUCAAACCUUCUGCCUAUGGGUGUCGAGAGACCAGAUUAGAGAUCCAAAUGGAGCAAGAAAGCGAUGAAGAUGACCAGCUUUGAUCUUUUGGUACAUAACAACAAACAUUCAAUGUUCUUUCUAGUCGUAUAGUUGAUAGCCACUACCCCCUUUUUUUUUUUAGCAAACGUAAAAUAGCCCACCACGCCGCGGUGAAAUAAAACUUAUUUUGGGGUUACCAUUUUCUUUGCUCGGCA